CAACACUGCGUUUGAUAAUGGUUAUUGUUUUUUUAAGGCAUUAUUUUCUUUCAUUACCAUAGUUUUCACUUUUCAUUAUUAUUUAUUAUUGCCAAAUGGCGAUGCUAUGAUAACAUUAUUAUUUUUCAGAUAAUAGAUAUAGUAAUACUGUUAUAUAGUAAUAAUACACAAAUUACAUGUCUCUAUGUUAGAUCAAUGUGAUGAUGUUCAUGCAUUGUUACCUACAGUAAAAUUAUUUUAUAUUGUUUUAUUACUCUAAGAUUAUUCACAAAAAUUAAUUAAUUAGUCACGAAUGUUUAGAUUAUUGUGUAGAUUUGCACUAUUGUAUUGCGAUUUAGUACUUUUACUUAAUGCAAAAUGAACAACACUACCAAGGGUGGGAAAAAUAACAACGAUUACACAAAGUAUGUCUUCAAUAAUUCUUCAAAUGGUAACAAAACGUGUGUUUUUUAUCCAUCGGCGUUGGAUCAACCAUUAGAUGAUGUCCCUUGGAAAUUGGUCAAUAUGUCAUUUAAAUUAUUAAAUGUUGACUCAAAAUUGGUGUUAACUUUACUCGCAAACCAUGGAUUUCGUGAGGUCAAUUCUGAUUCAAAUGAUUUCAAUUUAUUAUGGUCAAAUAACCAUGUUAAUACAAAAAUCAUUAGUUCAUUGAGGUCUUAUCAACGUAUCAAUCACUUCCCUAGAUCAUGUGAAUUGACUCGUAAAGAUAAAUUAUACAAAAAUAUUGAAACUAUGAGUCAUCGCAAUGGAAUUAAAAAGUUCUCUUUUGUUCCUGAAACAUACAUCAUGCCGAAAGAUUACAAUAGAUUUAUUUCGAACCAAUAUCGACAUCGAGGUUUAUGGAUUGUAAAGCCUUUUGAUUUAUCUCGCGGAAGAGGAAUAACAAUAAUUGAUUAUUCAUUUAAGGACACUCAAUCGGCGUUGAAGGAAAAUGUCGUUGUUGCCAAGUAUAUUGACAAUCCGCUGUUGGUGAAUGGAUAUAAGUGGGAUUUACGUUUAUACGUAUUAGUUACAUCAUUCAAUCCACUUGUUGUAUACCUGUACGAAGAAGGUUUAGUUAGAUUUGCAACUGUUAAAUAUGUAUGUGAUAGAAGUCGAAUUAAUAAUCGACGAAUGCAUCUUUGCAACUAUAGCGUCAACAAAAGCAGUCCAAGCUAUAUUAGGAAUUCGGAUCCUGAACGAGAAAAUGUAGGCCAUAAAUGGUCCAUGAGUGCUCUUUUGAACCAUCUCCGAGAAGAGUAUCUCAUUAAUACUGAAACUUUGAUGGCUGAAAUCGAAGACAUUGUAGUUAAGACAAUAAUGAGUGCAACUGCUCAAAUGUUACCAGCAAUCAAUUGCUUUGUACCUCACAAUCAAAAUUGUUUUGAAUUAUACGGGUUUGAUAUUUUGGUGGACGAUAAGUUAAAACCAUGGCUGCUUGAAGUUAACCUAUCUCCAUCAUUAGGGAUAGAUUCUGGACUUGAUUCUCGUAUUAAGAGUUCAAUGCUAUGCGAUUUAUUUACUUUAAUUGGUAUCCCAAUCGUUGACCCUACUGUCUUCAACUUUAACAGAAAUGUCCGAAGACCGAAAUCUGAUAUUCCGAGAAACAGAAAUUCAAAUAUUAAUAUUAAUAACCUUAGUAGUGAUGAAAAACGGUUAUUGAAAAACACGAUGGAUCAAAAUCAAAGGAGCAGAGGGUUCAUACGGAUUUUUCCUACAUACCUAUCAUGGAAAAAAUAUUCCUCUUACUUAGAUAAUAUCAAUGGCAUUCCUAGAGGAUCCACUAUACCACCAUUUUAUGUAAAACUAAUAAGGAAUUAUAAUUAUUUUUUAAACGACCAUUUAUUCAGCGAAAACUCCUCAUUUUAUAUGGAUAUAAGCAGACAGGAUCGUUAUGAAAGGUCUUUAAAAGAUUAUAAGCAGAGUUUAAAUGAUAAUAAAGAUGCAGAUCAAACAACUGAUAUGUUAAAGUUAAAAAAAGCAAUCGUAAAAUAUUUAAACGAUGGAUAUGUAUUCAGUAAUCUACAGGCUCGGCAAACCUUUGCUCUAUACUUGACUUACAUUUCUGCUUUAUUAAAAAAAUGUGCUUUGGAGAAAAAUUUUGACAAUCCAUCAAGUAAUCUUGUUUUGAUGUUUUUAAUAAAAGCUUCAAAAAACCUCAGUGUUCCUUUAAAAAUUGAGGUUUCUAAAUCUUCGCUAUCAAACAAAAAAGCAAUGGAAAUACUGCAAUUAUUGGAAAGCUUUUUAUUGAAAUACAACUAUGAUACUGUAAUGUAUUUAACCCCAGAAACUACAAAAAAUUGUUUGCCACAUAAGUUGUUUAAUUUAUUUCUCACGCAUGCCAGGAAAGAAGAUAUCGAAGAAAUAAUUAAUGACUCGAAACACAAUUGUUUGUCGUCUGCAAUACACCCGGUGAAUGAUAUUAAAAAUUCUAAAGUAAUAGAAUCAAAAGUUUGGAAAUAAUAUCUACAAUGCUGUCGACGCGUUGACAUUUAUAAGAACUUUUUUUUAUUAAUGUCAUAGAACUACUAUUGAGUGUGGCCUAUUAGGUAUUCAUACUCGUAUAGUUGAUUACAUCUGUCUCCUUAUAUUUGCUUUUAACUAUUAGUGCGUAAUUACUAAUUAAUAAUUAGUCUUAGAUGUAGUAAAUAUAGUACAUCUCUAGAUGAACUUGUCAUUAUUUUUUAUUGUUAGCAUAGAUCAUAUAAAAUGUAAGCACUACCUAUGCGUUUUGGUAGGACCGAGUAAAACGAAUUAAAAGCAAAUUACAUUGGUUUUAAUCGUGUUUGUCAUAUUAUGUCACAGUGUCACACUAGUGGUUACACAGCGGGGUGAUGGGGGGGGGGGAUGGGGCGAUUCGAACGCACGGAUACCACUUUAAAAUCGCUGUCGCGCUAUGAUUACACACCAGCGUUUUAAUCACAUCUUCACCAAUUUCUCAUACGUCUGUAUAGAUCAUUGUUAACGUUUAGUGUGAUUGUGCAAAUGUAUCGCGUGAAUUGGAAAUACAUGGUAUAAUUUUAGCUUCUGAACGCACUAAACAUAAACAGCCCACGAUUUGUUGCGUACGAUUGCGACGUUUAUUCCCGGUUUUAAUGACAAAAUCCAGUUACCGACGUGUAGUAUUUUGGGCGAUUUAAAAAUAUCGAUAGCGUGUGUACUAUGGAGCCACGAACAGGUCAAUUCCUGCCGCUGAUCGAUCGCAACACGAUAUUAUGAUCGGUCGGGAGCGCGGGACAUCCGUUUUACUCGAACCUACCAAAACGCACUCAAGUCUCUAUUAAUAAGUGUAAUAUUCAUUAAAUUAUUUGUGAAAUAUUAUAAUUUAUAAUCGAUGUUGUUAAAUAUUAGCUAUAUUCGUAUUUUAUUAAGAAGACUGUACAAAUUAAAAAGGCCAAUUUCAAAAUAAUAUUGUGAUGAAAAUAUAUUCUAAUAAUAUCUUUAAGAACCAUUGGUCAUUAACUGUUAAAAGCUAUUGCUUGUUUCAAACCCAAAAAUCAAACAAAUAAUUUAUAAAUAUGUUUUCUUCCAUUCAGUUUACAAUAGCUAUGGUGACCAGACGCACUUUUUUAUUGCGUUGUUCUAGAGUCCUCAACACAACAAUAGUGUUGAGUAAUUUAUAUUUUAUGAUUCAACCUUAUCUAAUGCACUUAUGCAUAUUACUACAUUAUUAAUAAUAUAAUAUGAGUAUUAGUACUUAGUACAGAUCGUACAGUAUUUAGUAGUACACUAGUACGAGUAGUACCACAUAAUAUUUUUCCUCUAUGAUGAAUGAAUCACUACAGUAGUUGUACAUUUUAUAAUACGUGAACAUAAUAUAUUACAUACCUAAUAUUUGUAGGAGGGAUGAGAUGUUUUUUAGAUUUUCAUAUCUGGUCACCAUAACUAGAGUAAACUUAUACUGAUAUUGAGAUAUAUUUAUCAAUUUAAUUUAAGACAUUGUGUAUUUUGUGUACUGUGUAGUCUUAAGUCUAUAAUAUAAUCUACAUUUUACAGGCAUAUUAAUAUGUUAUAAUUUUUUAAAAUUUUAAUGUAUAAGUUAUUCACUAAUACACCACGAGUAAAACUAAAACUGAAUGUUCAUGAUGUAGGUUCAUUGUAAAUAAACAUAACAUAACAUUCCUAGCAAAACUAUAAUAUAAUAUUAUUAUAAAGUUAUGCCUAAUAAUUUUCAAAUUAUGAGAUGCCAACAUUUUCAAUGUUCCUAAAAUACAAAAUAAUUUGAUUUGUAUUUGCUAAUAUUACACCAAGUCACCAAACAUAUUUGCCAAAGAAUUUAAUCUAAUAAAUUAUAUUUCAUAAUUAUAACAUUUUAUUUUUAUGAUAAUAUUUAAUAUAUAAUAAAUGUAGGUAUUUUAUAAAAUAUAAAUUAUAAUCUAGUAAUAAUACUAGCUUCAGUACUCAGUACUAAGUAAAUUAACAACUUAAUUUAAAUUUGGUACAUAUUUUAUAUCUGUUACUAGUAUUACUAUAUUAUUUUGAUAUGAUGACGCGGAGUUUAAUUUACCCAUAUUUAAUAAAAAUUGGCCAUUUUAUAAAAAAAACCGUUUAUAAUAAUAGAAAUCACAAUAUAUAUUUACUAAAAUAUGUAUUAAAUGAAAUUCGUUCAUUAAUUUUAGGAAUCGUUCAAAUAUUUUUGAUAGAUAAUUAAAACUAUUUUUACCUAGAUUGAGGUUUUCUGUGCAAUUACUGUUUAACUGAAUGCAUUUACUGAAAGGUAUUUAUACCUUAUAAUGUACUAAUGUCUAAUAUAUAUUUUUAUUUAUUUUAGUUUGUGUAUAAUAUUGUGUGUUUAUUCAUAAUUCAUAUAAUUCAAUUUUUAAUAAAAUUAUAAAGUAAAAUUUUUUUUAUACACAACACAUGUACUUAUUACUGAGAAUAUUGAAAACUAAUUAGCAGUAAGCAUUGUGAUAUAAUUAAUUAUAUAAAUGUACCUAGUUUAACCUUAACGUCCUUAAUAUAAUAUUAAUAAUGUUUGUUUAAAUUUAUAAUUCCGACCACAAAAAUAUAUUUUAUUGAAAAUAGUUAGUAAUAUGUAUAACGUUUAAUUUUUUAUUUACUAUUCAGGCAAGUUAAUUGCAAUCAUAAUCUCUGCUUAAUUAUUUAUUUCGUAUGCAGCAUAAAAUAUUUUUUUCAUUUCAAAUGUUGCUCAAAUAAUGACCAAUUAAUAUACAUAUUUUAUUUUAAUAAUUAAUAGGUAGGUAUUGUAAUUCACGUCGACUAUUAAAUUAUCUUAAAUUAUUAUUAUUAAAAAAAUGAUAAUUCAAUUAAAUAGGCAUAGUUAUAAGGAUAACUCAUAAUCAUAAAUAUUAUGAUGAAUAAUGAUAAUCAAAAACCCUCAAUAAUAUAUUGUAUUUUCAUUGUAAUAGGUAUUUAUGAAUACCAUAUGUAUUUAUGUCAUAUAUUUGUGUUUAAAUAAUAUUCUUCUAGUCUAAUUUCUGUGAUUCUAAAUACAUUAACAUUUUUCGCACAUUCUUAAUUUUUCAUAUUUAAUGCGUAACCAUAUCUACACAAAUUGACACAUUUAAAAGAUUUGUAAUUUGUAAUUAGAAAUUAUGAAGUAUAGUUUAAAAUGUCUUACGAGAAAUAUCACCGUGACUUUAUUGUAUGCCCAUAACGCCUAGUCAACAAUAUUCACAAAUUAAUUAAAACAUGUUAAUACCAGCUAUUGUUUGAAUGUUUCACUUUUCGAGUCUAGUAAAUCAAUUAUAUUAUAAUUUUUAAUUUUAUACAAAUGGUGUUAUAUAUACAUAAUUAAACUACACUAGGUAAAUCACUACAUAGUAUGUCACAUUUUCAUUCAUGCAUUUUAGAACGUAUGCAACGUUAUUUAUCAUUAUACUAUUAUAGUAUUAUUAUAUUUAUUUAUGUUAUACACUCUAGAAUUCUAAAUAUUUUAUUAUUUGUAUUAUAUUACUCAU